AUGGAGAAUGUCACUAGAAUGAAUGAGUUUCUUUUACUUGGCCUGACCCGUGUUCAGGAGCUGCAGCCUGUCUUCUUUGUGAUUUUCUUUAUCAUUUACCUGAUAAACUUGGUUGGAAAUGCAGCUAUAUUAGUGAUUGUUAUCUUGGAGCCAAAGCUCCACUCCCCUAUGUAUUUUUUUCUGGGGAAUCUUUCUUGUCUGGAUAUUUGCUAUUCUUCAGUGACACUGCCCAAGGUGCUCAUAAACCUCCUCUCUACUCGCAAGACCAUAUCUUUCUUAGGCUGUAUCACUCAGCUACACUUCUUCCACUUCCUGGGAAGCACAGAGGCCAUCCUACUUGCAGUUAUGGCUUUUGACCGUUUUGUCGCCAUCUGCUAUCCCCUUCGCUACACUGUCUUCAUGAAUCCCCAGGUGUGUAUACUGUUGGCAGCUGUGGCCUGGCUCACCAGCUUCCUUUAUGCUCUGAUGCAUUCGGUCAUGACUGCUCACCUGAACUUCUGUGGCUCUCAGAAACUCAAUCACUUCUUCUGCGAUGUCAAGCCUCUCUUGGAACUGGCCUGUAGUAACACACUACUCAAUCAAUGGCUUCUUUCCAUUGUCACAGGCAGCAUAUCCAUGGGAGCUUUCUUUCUGACCCUCCUCUCAUACUUUUACAUUAUCAGUUUCCUUCUAUUCAAGAACUGGUCCUGCAGAAUACUCCACAAGGCUCUGUCCACUUGUGCCUCCCAUUUCAUGGUUGUAUGUCUCUUCUAUGGGCCUGUGGGCUUCACAUACAUUCAUCCUGCCUCAGCUUCCUCCAUGUUUGAGGACCGGAUGGUGGCCAUCAUAUACAGUGCAGUCACCCCAGUGCUGAAUCCACUGAUAUACACCCUUAGGAAUAAAGAAGUGAUGUUGGCCCUGAAUAAAAUCUUUUCGAGGAAGUUUUUGUUUAAAACCUGCCAGCAACACCACUAG